UUGUUUUGUUACCGAUCUUCGCGCGAUUUUCACUCGCCAGCAAAAUAAUAUUAUUGAUUGCCACUAGCAAUGUUGGCACCCAUUAAGCAUUUGCUGAGCAAUUAUCGCAUUGUCCUCGCCAGCGGCUCCCCUCGCCGCAAGGAGUUGGUGCAGAUGCUGGGUCUCAAUGCGGAACUGUGUCCCUCAACCUUCGAGGAGGAUCUGAAUGUGGCUGAUUUCAAGGAGUUCUCCGACUACAUCGAAGCAACCGCCUCGGGUAAGGCCGAGGAGGUUUUCCAGCGCUUGAGCAGCGCCGGCGACGUCGAAAAUCUGGUGGUAAUUGCUGCCGACACAAUGGUCACACUGGCCAACGAGAUCUACGGCAAACCCAGAGACGCAGCCGAUGCUCUCCGCAUGCUUACCAACCUCUCCGGCGUUAGCAAUCGUGUCUUUACCGGCGUCGUCCUCAAGCAUGCGAAAGGUGUGCGGCAAUUUACAGAAACAGCUGAUGUCUACUUCGGAGAGCUGACGGCGGCACAGAUACAAAGCUAUAUAGACAGCGGGGAUCCACUCGAUAAGGCCGGCGCUUAUGGUAUUCAGGGACCUGGUGGCGCCCUCAUAUCUCGCAUUGAUGGUGAUUUCUACUGUGUCAUGGGUCUUCCACUGCAUCGUCUGUGCUGCGAGCUGAACAAACUGUUUCUGGAGGACCUGAAGUAGCUGCCAUACGCUUGCAGUUAGUCGCUUAUCACAGUACAACAUUUGUAAUCUGUGCACGUCAGAGGCUACACUUUAAGUUCGGCUAGUCUAUGUCUGAUAAGACAUUUUGUUUGUUGUUUCUGUUUGCUCAUAGACUAAGUCAAGAGUACAAAUUAAAAAAAUAAUUAUAGAAAA